AUGCUACGUAUAACUGUCAAAACUUUGCAGCAGCGGGCAUCCUUCCAUCAUAGCUUCAAACAUAUUAGCGUUCCUGAUCUUCAUACCCGUGCUCAAAAUGAUCAAACAAACUGUUAUUGCCAAGAAAUAAACGCAAGGCUGCCUUCAAAAACUGAUCCAUUAGAUCCUCAUAUCAAGCUUCCUCAUAGAACGCCCAAUUACAAUAAGCAUGUUUUGCUGUUAUCACCGGGUGAUAGGUUUGCUCAACCAUGGAAGGUAGCAUGGAAUCAUAAUUUGGAUACUAAUACAAAUCGGCCAUAUAAUGCCAUUAGUAAAUUGCGCUCCCAUUUAGGUGGUUCUCCAGGAAUACUAAUAAAUGCGGUGCAUUUGCAAAAUGAAUUUAUUCCAAGGCCAAAACAACACGAUGAAUGGCUUUAUUUUUUUGUUAUUCCUGACAUGAAGCUUUAUGUAAUUAAGGAAACGGACAUCGAGGAAUUUGCAUCUUUUUUAGAUGAAGGAGCUAUUCAAGCACCAAAGCUAUCCUUCCAGGAUUAUUUAAGCGGUAAGGCCAAGGCUUCCCAACAGGUUCAUGAAGUGCAUCAUAGAAAGCUUACAAGGUUUCAGGGUGAAACUUUUCUAAGAGAUUGGAACUUAGUCUGUGGGCAUUAUAAGAGAGAUGCUAAGUGUGGAGAAAUGGGACCCGACAUAAUUGCAGCAUUUCAAGAUGAAAAGCUUUUUCCUGAGAAUAAUCUAGCCUUAAUUUCUCAUAUUGGGGGUCAUAUUUUUGCUGGUAAUGUCAUUUUCUAUAAACUAUUCGGCAGAGAAAAGAUGCAAAACAAGCUGGAUUCAUUAUGGUUUGGUAAAGUUUACCCACACAACUUGAAGCUGUUAUGUGAAAACUUGGAAAACGGUAAAAUCAUCGACGAAAUGUACAGAGGUGGCAUAUCGAUGAAUUAA